AUGAAUAACAACAAUAACAAUAGCGGUGUAACCAGUAUGGAGGUUGAGCAAAAGAUUGAUGAUGCUCUUUAUAGCAGACAGUUGUAUGUCCUCUCUCAUGAGGCCAUGCAAAAGAUCUCAGCAACAAGUGUACUCAUCGUUGGUCUAUCCGGACUCGGUGUCGAGAUUGCCAAGGACGUCGUACUAGCAGGUGUCAAGUCUGUCACCCUCUACGAUAAUGAUCCCGUCAAGAUAUCCGAUCUCUCAUCUCAAUUCUAUUUAGAAGAGUCACAGAUUGGAAUGAGAAGAUCAGUUGCUUGUGUGUCAAAGCUUGUAGAAUUAAAUAACUAUGUGGCAGUGAACAACUACACUGAUGAUCUCACCGAGGAAUUCUUGAACAACUUUAAUGUCGUGGUGCUGGCCAACCAGCCACUGCAGCUCCAGCUGCAGCUCAACGAGGUGUGCCACCGCAACAACAUAAAGUUCAUCGCCGCCGAGACUCGUGGAGUGUUUGGAUCGCUCUUCAACGACUUUGGCCAAGACUUCCACAUCGUCGACACCAACGGCGAGAACCCCGCCACCUACAUGAUCAGCGCCGUCAGCCAGGAGACCAGCGGUGUCAUCACCAUCGUCGAGGAGCACAAGCUGCAGCUCCAGGACGGCGACUACGUCACAUUCAAGGAGAUCAACGGCAUGAACCAGCUCAACGACCUACCCCCACAAAAGAUCAAGGUGAUCUCGCCCUACACGUUCAGCAUUGGCGACACCUCUGCCUUUGGCGUCUACACCAACGGUGGCUACGUCACCGAGGUUAAGCAGCCAAAGAUCGUCAGCUUCAAGCCAUUGGCUGAGGUCCUGGACAAGGCUGAGGGCCUGUUCACCACCGACGACUUCAAGUUUGAUCACCCAUACCAGCUGCUCGUCGGAUUCCAGGCGAUCCACGCGUUCAACGACAAGAACAAGCACUUCCCCCGCCCACACAACAAGGCCGACGCCGAUGAGGUCCUGGCCCUGGCCGCACCACUCGCCAAGAAGUACGACGUUGAGCUGAAAGAGAAGCUGAUCAGACAACUGGCAUACGGAUUCCAGGGAGACAUUGUUGGUCUGUGCGCCAUCAUUGGAGGUAUUGCCGCUCAGGAGGUUCUGAAGGCAUCCUCUGGCAAGUUCCACCCAAUCUGCCAGAUGCUCUACUUUGACGCCAUCGAGGCCUUGCCCUCGGACGACCUGCCCGAGUCAGAGUUCCAGCCAAUCGGCUCACGUUACGACGGACAGAUUGCCACUUUGGGUAUCACCCUGCACAAGAAGAUCGAGUCGCUCAACUACUUCCUCGUCGGAUCCGGUGCCAUUGGUUGCGAGAUGCUAAAGAACUUUGCCAUGAUGGGUGUUGGCUGUGGUGAGAAUGGAAUGGUCCACGUCACCGACAUGGACACCAUCGAGAAGUCCAACCUCAACCGUCAGUUCCUCUUCCGUUCGUCCGACAUCAACAAGCUCAAGUCCGAGUGUGCUGCCCGCGCCGUCAAGGCCAUGAACCCCAGCGUCCACAUCAAGGCCUACUCGACCCGUGUUGGCCCAGAGACUGAGAACCACUACAACGAGCAGUUCUACACCUCCCUGGACGGUGUGUGCAAUGCCCUCGACAACAUCGACGCCAGAAUGUACAUGGACAGCCAGUGUGUCUUCUACAGCAAGCCACUGCUCGAGUCUGGUACUCUGGGCACCAAGGCUAACACCCAGGUCGUCGUACCCAAGCUGACAGAGUCAUACUCAUCGUCGCGUGACCCACCCGAGAAGUCGAUCCCAAUGUGCACUCUGCACAACUUCCCCAACGCCAUUGAGCACACGAUCCAGUGGGCUCGUGACAUCUUUGAGGGUCUCUACAAGAAUGCCGCCGAGAAUGUCAACUCAUACCUCACCAUCCCAACGUUCGUCGAGUCCCUGCACAAGCAGACCAGCAACGUUCGUCUGGAGACCCUGACCAGCAUCAAGUCAUCUCUCGUUGGUCGUCCACUCAACUUUGACGAUUGUGUCCACUGGGCCCGCCUAAAGUUUGAGGAGCUGUACAACAACAACAUCGAGCAGUUGCUCUACAACUUCCCAAGAGACAUGCUCACCACCACAGGCACACCAUUCUGGUCUGGCCCCAAGCGCGCACCAACUCCACUCAAGUUUGACGCCUCCAACUCACUUCACGUAGACUUUGUUGUGUCGGCCGCCAACUUGCGUGCCUUCAACUACGGUAUCAAGGGCACCAACAAUGCAGAGCAGAUCACCAAGAUGGCACUGGACACCAUCGUGCCAGAGUUCACCCCCAAGAAGGUCAAGAUCUCGACCAACGAGAAUGAGCAGCAGCAGCAACAACAGCAGCAGACUCAGCAGAUGGACGGCGACGACGACCAGACCGACAAGAUCCUCUCUGAGAUCCCACAGCCAAACGAGUUGGCCGGCUACAAGAUCAAUGCCAUCUCCUUUGAGAAGGACGACGACACAAACUUCCACAUCGACUUUAUCACGGCCGCCUCCAACCUGCGUGCCACCAACUACAACAUCACCCUGGCCGACCGUCACAAGACCAAGGGCAUUGCCGGUAAGAUCAUCCCCGCCCUCGUCACCACCACUGCCCUCGUCUCUGGUCUCGUCUCUCUGGAGCUGCUAAAGGUCAUCCAGCAGAAGCCAAUCGAUGCCUACAAGAACACCUUCUUGAACUUGGCCAUCCCAUUCUUUGCCUUUAUCGAGCCCAUCGCCCCAUCGACCAACAAGAUCCGUGAGGGCUGGAGCUGGACUCUUUGGGACAGGUUCGAGGUCGACGGCGACAUCACCCUGGCUGAGUUCCUGGCCAAGUUUGAGAAGGAUCACCGUCUGGAGGUCAACAUGAUUUCCUGCCAGGUGACCCUGCUCUACGCCAUGUUCCUCGACAAGAAGACCAAGGACGAGAGACUCAAGACCAAGAUGAGCACCUUGUACGAGACAUUGAGCAAGAAGCCAUUGCCCGAGAAGAAGUACCUCGUAUUUGAGGUCUGCUGUGAGGAUAUGGACACUUCCGAGGAUGUUGACGUCCCCUAUGUUAGAUAUAGAUUCAGAGAGUAA